CCAGGAAGUCGCUGCCCAGGGCAGUUGUCGGAAACGGUCUCCUGAAGCGCCGGCAGCGUUUCUUUCCAAGGCGACUCGGCAGCUGGCGACCGCCGCCGUCUCCUCACUUCGGUUGCAAGGUAAACUGUUCACUCAUAUACACGUAUUUGGAUGGAUGGCAAGUUGGAGUACUGAAAUUCCAGAAAAUGAAUCUGAAUAUCUUGGCAUCUAUAGAAUCAAAUAAUUUGGGACUACAGAAUUCCAUCUCUUCAUAAUUUGUUUUAAAAAGUUAGGUAUGUGGCAAAAUAAUUAACCCCUCAGUGAUUGGUAACAUCAUGGAACAAAUGUAGUCACAUUACAUUUUGGUUUGCUGCAACCUUGGACCAAAAAUCGGAAGCAUCUGAAUAACAAAAAGUUAAACCUGGUACUCAAGUAAAUGGCUGAACUUCCACCUGGGAUUAGUUUGAUCACUUCAUUUACAAAAGACCAAUGGUAUAGGGCUUUCAUAUUUGUCUUGACUUUCAUGCUGUAUGUUAGUUUUCAUUUAUCAAGAAAGCCAAUCAGUAUAGUUAAGGGAGAACUGCAUAAGCACUGUACUACUUUUCAAAUUAUUGAACGGGAUACCUAUGAAGAACAUGCCAUCCUCAUUCCAUCUGUUAAAACAUUAUAUAAUGAUUCUCACUGUGGCUGGGAACCUUUUGAUAAAAGCAACUACAAGCAGUUAUUGGGAGCCCUGGAUUACUCAUUUCUCUGUGCUUACGCUGUCGGAAUGUAUCUGAGUGGCAUAAUAGGGGAGCGUUUGCCUAUUCGAUACUAUCUCAGUGGUGGGAUGCUUGCCAGUGGAUUCUUCACUGCAUUAUUUGGAAUUGGCUAUUUCUGUAACAUACAUAGUUUGUGGUUCUACAUCAUUGCUCAGGUAGCUAAUGGAUUGGUACAAACUACUGGCUGGCCCAGUGUGGUCACCUGCAUUGGCAACUGGUUUGGAAAAGGAAGGAGGGGAUUGAUAAUGGGAUUAUGGAAUUCCCACACUUCAGUAGGAAAUAUUUUAGGAUCCUUAAUAGCUGGCUACUGGGUAUCUACCUGCUGGGGUUUGUCUUUUGUAGUACCUGGCAUUAUAAUAUCCUUAAUGGGGAUUAUAUGCUAUCUGUUUCUUAUUGAACAUCCUAAGGAUGUAAACUGUACAGUCAAAACAUCAACUAAACAUCACCUGAAUGUCCCCAGUAAAUUCAGCAUUUUGAAGCCAGCAUUAAGCAGUAAGAUAGCAGAUACAUCUCGGGAUCCAGAAAUGCAUUGUCUGCUAGGAAGCAAUGAGAAUUGCACAAAGCCAUGGAAUCUUAAUGGAGGAUACAAACACUUUGAAAAUGGAAAUGCUGCUAUAAGUUUCACUGGUGCUUUGCAAAUACCUGGAGUGGUAGAAUUCUCUCUCUGCCUAUUAUUUGCCAAAUUAGUCAGCUACACUUUUCUUUUCUGGCUACCACUAUACAUCACUAAUGUAGUUAUGCUGCUCAUCUGUGGAGCUCUUGUAAAUGGUCCAUAUGCAUUGAUCACAACAGCUGUCUCUGCUGACCUGGGUACCCAUAAAAGUCUUCAUGGAAAUGCAAAAGCUGUCUCAACUGUUACAGCCAUCAUUGACGGAACAGGCUCCGUAGGUGCAGCAUUGGGACCAUUGUUAGCUGGUCUUCUUUCUUCAUCUGGUUGGAACAAUGUCUUUUACAUGCUGAUGAUAGCAGAUGCCUGUGCCUUACUGUUUUUACUCCGCCUUAUACGAAAGGAACUUCAGUGUAGUCUUGACCAGACCUUGUAAGUUUCUGCAUGGUUAAAAAAAAUUCUGGCCUAUUUAUGGUAACAUUCAUUUUUUAUUAUGUAUUUUUUUCACAGAGCAUUGUUACCACUUUUUUCUCUCUUUGUUAUUUGGAAUUCUGUUUCUCAAUCAGAACAGCUUGUAAUAUAUCUUCCACAGAGGCCAUACUGGGUACACUGCUGAGAAGUGUAUUCAGCCACAAAUUUCUCACCUCUUUCACAAAAAGAGGUGUAAAAAUGCUGUACAUUUUUAAAUACUUGCUACAGUUUUCAUAUAAAUAAAUUAUUUUUAUAUAUUUUUUUCAAUCAUUUUAACUUUUCUGUAUGUAAUGCUAUUUUAAAGUAUCCAUAUUUGUUUUAAAUUUCUGGAGCUAUGAUUUAAAUAUAU